CAUUACCUGAUCCGCGCGUGACGUCACUUCAUUUGAGGCACAUAGAACUCAACUUGCGCACCCUCCAUUUUCUCAUUUGUUUUCGUUUCAUCGAAUCAUCUUUUUGGUUCGUUCUCUCAUCUCCCAUCUUCUCCGCAUGUUCUCGGAGCACCGGCUCCAACUAACGGAGCCCCGUUUCACAUCUUAACCCAAGAAACUUUAAUUAAGACAAAUAACACACACUCUUAUCCUUUCUUUAAUUUUUCUUUUAUCAGAUCGCGAGAGAUAUUCACCCAACAUGUCCAAACCUUGGGGCAAUAUCGGAAACUGGGCGGCGGAAGCUGAACGGGCCGAAGCGGAGGAGCGGGAGGCCGCCGCCGCUGCCGCCGCCAACCCGCAGGGCUUCCCAAGCCUCAAGGAGGCCGUUAACGCGAAGCCUAAGAAGAAGAAGAUGACGCUAUCGGAGUUCGCAACCUAUACUUCCGGUGGCGGUGGUGCGUUGGAGUCCAAACGCUUGACGCAGGACGAGAUGCUCAGUCUCCCGACGGGGCCGAAGGAGCGGUCCGCAGACGAAAUGCAGUACAACCGGCUCGGCGGCGGGUUCUCAUCCUACGGUCGCUCCGGUGGGUCUUCGAUGGGUCGCUCCAGGGACCGCGAAGGGAACGGCGAGGGUUCCUGGGGCGGAGGGAGGAGAUCGUUCGGCGGAUUGGAAGAUGAGCGCAGGGGUCCGAGUCCUAGGGUUUCAGAUAUCGACCAACCUUCCAGGGCUGACGAGGUGGAUAACUGGGCCUCGGGGAAGAAAUUGCCCUCGUCUUUCGAUUCCGGCCGGCAGAAUAGAUAUAGUUCUCUUGGCAGCGGCGGAGGCGGUGGUGGCAUUGGUGGCGGAGGCGGAGGUAGUGGAUUUGGUGGUAGCUCUAGAGCUGACGAGGUAGAUAAUUGGACAUUUGGAAAGAAGCCUGUUCCCGCCAGAUCUUCAACUUUUGGUUCCGGUUUUCGCGAUUCUGGCGGGGAGCAAGAUCGCUGGUCGAGGGGACCACCACGAGGGGAGCAGUCGGAUCGCUGGUCGAGGGGACCAGUGCGCGAGGAGCGGCCAAAGUUGGUGUUGGAACCACCGAGAGGCGAUGCUUCUGCCAAUGAAGUACCGGUGGUGAAAAGUAAUAAGCCGAACCCUUUCGGUGCGGCGAGGCCGAGGGAGGAAGUUUUGGCAGAGAAAGGAGUGGAUUGGAAGAAGCUGGAAACAGAUUUGGAUGCGAAGAAGUCUACUAGUCGGCCUUCGAGUGCACACUCCAGUAGGCCUUCCAGCGCCCAAUCCAACCGCUCUGAAAGUCUCGGGCCUGCUGAAGCUGUGGCAAAGCCCAAACCCAAGGUGAAUCCUUUUGGGGACGCCAAACCCAGGGAGCUUUUGCUGAGGGAGCGAGGUAUUGAUUGGCGGAAGGUUGAUCUUGAUUUGGAGCAUCGCGCUGUUGACAGGCCUGAGACAGAGGAAGAAAAAUUAUUAAAAGAAGAAAUUGAUCGUUUGAGGAAGGAAGCUGAGAAAGAGUCUACUAUAAAUUCGAAUAAAGAAUCUUCAAAUGAGACUGAUGCAGAACAAAGCAGUACACAAGAAAUAUUAUUGCAGAAAGAGAGGGAGCUUGAACAUCUUAUACGUGAUUUGGAUGACAAAGUUCGUUUUGGGCAGAAAGCUGUUGAAAGGCCAGGUUCAUCGGCAGGAAGGUCUGUUGUUUAUUCUGAUAGGCCACAUUCUCGAUCAAGCUCAAUCUCAAUUGAGGAUUCUAGAGGUGAGUCUGCAGACAGACCUCAAUCCCGUGGCACAAGUGAUACAUGGGCGGGUCCUAAUGAUGACCAAAGAUCGUAUCGAGGAAGCAAGGACAGGAGAGGGUUUUUGAGCAGCAGAGACGUGAAUAGGUCAAGGUCAAGAGAGAGAUGGUGAACAGCAGUUUUGUGUGGAUUAAGAGUUAUCCUCAACUUUUGAUCACCAGAAGCUGAUACUAUUUUGUCCUUUUACUUGCCUUUCUAAUCGUUUUGUUCAUUACUCCAGGAGUUGGAGCAACAAUCAUUGAGUACUGGCACUGAAACUUUUGCCUUGUCUAUUGUUACAUCUUGAAACGUUGUAAAUUUGAUUUUGCCCCCCUUCUGGUAAUUUUUUGGGUGUCUGGUUGAAGGCAGAUAGCCUGUAAUUUUAUUAGGACUUCAUUUUAUUGAAGAUUAUGAAACUUGCUA